AUGGCCACCGUUCACCCUUCACGGAUGGGCCUUGUGCCCCAAGAUCCUCAAAGAAGCCAUAAUGAACGACCACGAGGCCGCUCGCGGUCACCCAGAAGAAACUAUUCACGUUCAAGGUCGCCGCGGAGAAGUCGUAGCAGGGAUAGGUACAGGCACGACAGGGAGCGGGAUGACGAGAGAUACGACCGGAGGGACAGGCCACAGGACAGAGGAUAUGAACGACGAGGGAGCCCCAGAUACGACGACUACCGAGGGCCACCACCGCCUCGCAUGGAGUCUCCUCGACCAAACAUGUAUCCGAACCGGCGAGAUCACAGACCAUACGGUGGAGGCUCUGGCAACAGUGAAUGGCUCGAAAGCCGUCGAGCGCAACGAGAAGCGAUGACAGUGGACAUUUGGCCUCCCUCUCCAAAAGAGCCUGAACGCUCUCGGUCGCCCAAGCGGAAAAAGUCAAAGAAGUCAAAGAGAGCACGGAGCUACUCGACCGACUCCUCGUCAGAGGACGAGCGUGAGCGCAGGCGUAGGAAGAAAGAAAAGAAGAAGUCCCGAAAGGACAAGAAACGACGACGCAGGUCCUAUUCAAGGUCUCGAUCCCGUUCGUCUUCCCCCGAACGCAGUCGUGAACGAAGGCGAUCGUACCGCGCCGACAGUGAAGACGAAGAGCGACGUCGACGCUCCCGGAGCCGUACUCGAAGUCGAAGCAAGAGCGUCCGGAUCCGUUCGCCCAGCCAUAGCCCAACUCGUCACCCACCCCGUACCGCUUCACCAAGCUCCUCGAAAGACAUGCAAAUCGAAAAGAGCCGACCCAUCUCUCGCUCACCUUCAUCUGCACCCUCCACCUCUGACAGGAGCAAGUCGAAAUCCAAGAGUCGCGGUUCGAGCCGGGCUGUGGAGUCUGAUUCCGACGACGAGGUCGGCCCCAAACCCAUAUUCUCGACCAAUACUGGAAAGAAGCUCAACGAACGGGCGUACGGCGGUGCUCUCCUUCGCGGAGAAGGUUCAGCUAUGGCCGCUUUCUUGCAAGAGGACACCAGCGUCCGAAUUCCUCGUCGUGGUGAAAUUGGUUUGACCUCGGAGCAGAUUGCGCAGUACGAGAAUGUCGGGUAUGUCAUGAGUGGAAGUAGGCACAAGAGGAUGAACGCUGUGCGUAUGAGGAAGGAGAACCAGGUCAUCAGUGCGGAGGAGAAGAGGAGUAUCUUGAAGUUGCAGAAAGAGGAGAGGGAAAGGAGAGAGGCUAUUUUGCGGGAGGAGUUCAACGAGAUGGUGAACGAGAAAUUGAAGGCGGCAAAUGUGGACGUGGACCUUGCCUCAGCUCCCAAACCUUCAACUGUGCGUCUUAUUCCUCUUUAA